AUCCUUCCUGUAUCUAUCAAACAGUUCAAUCUAAAUUUAGUUUAUCUGUAUAUGUAAUAAUUGAACAAUUAAUGUUAUCUGGUCGAAACAAAGAUGGACGGGCGUGUUCUUGUGGUCUUCACAUUCAUGUGUGUUAGUGUUUAUAGUAGUCAAGUGUUGUUAGUAUCUAUGGAUGGCUUCAGAUGGGACUAUUUGACGAAAGUUUCCACUCCAAACUUUGAUCGCCUUGCUCGAGAUGGGACUAAAGCCAGUUACAUUAAUAACACCUUUAUAACGAAGACUUUCCCCUGUCAUUAUACUAUAGUCACUGGUCUAUAUGAAGAAAGUCAUGGCAUCAUUGGGAAUAAAAUGUAUGAUCCAGUAUUCAACAGCACGUUUAACAUGCGAAAUAACGAAACGAGAUGGUGGAAUGGUGGUGAACCACUAUGGGUAACGGCUCGUAGACAAAACCUAACAAGUGCCACGUAUUUCUGGCCUGGAAGUGAGGCAGAAAUCAGAGGUUACAGACCAAACAUCUGGAAACAUUAUAACGAAUCAGUUCCUUUCAAAAAUCGUAUUGAUACGGUUAUAACAUGGUUGACAGAUGAACAAAUAGAUCUUGUAACUCUGUAUUUCCAGGAACCAGACGCCACUGGACAUGCCUUUGGUCCAGAUUCGCCUCAGAUUAUUGACAAGGUUAAAGCUAUGGAUAAGAUUUUAGGAUAUCUUUUGGAUCAAUUUGACUCGAAUUAUCUCACGAGCAAGGUGAAUUUGAUAUUGACCAGCGAUCAUGGAAUGACAACUAUAGAUACUGCCAACAAAGUAGUGGACAUUACGGAUCAUGUGGAUAUGAGCAAAAUACAGUUUACUGUGGAUAACGGACCAAUCAUGCAGAUCCAACCUUCUUUGGGACAGAUAGAUGAUGUUGUCCAGAGUUUCCAGAAUGUUUCACAUAUUUCAGUUUUCAAGAAGGAAGAAAUACCCGAUCACUGGCACUACAGAAACAAUAGACGCAUCAUGCCAGUAUUUCUGCUUGCCGAAGAAGGCUGGUCUAUUACAACAAACAAACGUAAAGCAGCAUUGUAUCAUGGGAAAGGCGCCCACGGUUAUGACAACCGUCUAAAUAGUAUGAAACCAAUAUUUCUGGCUAGAGGUCCAAAUAUCAAAGAAAAUUAUAUAACAAACACAUUCAGAAGUAUUGAUAUCUAUCCCAUGGUCUGCCAUCUACUGGGAAUACAACCGGCACCAAACAAUGGCAGUCUAACAGCUACUUCAAGUUUUCUUGUAAAGAGUGGUACUAAUGACGCAUCAGCAAAUAUUGUUUCAUUCUUGACAUUUAUUUUAUGCACGCUACUAGUAAUAAUGUAAAACAAAUUAAGUAUCUUUACACAAAUGAUAAGAAAAUAACUAUUUAUUUCCAUAAUUUUUAAUUGUAAUAUUCAUUUUCAUCUGAAUGCAAGUGCUUACCAUGGAUAACAUACUUUGCAGAGAGCAAUGCUGAUUCAAUAAAGGCACAGUAUAUUUA